CGCCCCUUUGCUACUCGCUUAACGGCUUUAUCCUCGACUGCAAUGGAAGUUGUUCACGUAGACGGUGAAGAAAUAUCGCCGACAGAUGUCCGCAAGGAGAAUGGCUGGCUCGAGGUUCGGGCCAAAUACAAGGAACGCAAGGCGCGCGUCGCGGGCACUGACCCUGCUGCGCAGACCGCUGACGCGCUCAACGAUGAUGAAGCGUUUGUCAAAAGAGCAGCCAGAAACGUGCGACGACUCAGCAUGGCGACCAAAAAACCGAAUCUGCCGGUGGACGACAUCAAGGUCAUCGUACGCCCUAGAGAUGGCUUCAGCACCAGGACACAUCGUGCUGCUCGGAUCGGCGACAGCAUACGUGCCGCUGCCGGACUGAACCAAGAGGAAACCAGAGGCGAUAUCUUUCGCGUAAACGAAAGACAGAAUAUUGUAGUAGUGAGCACUCCAUCGGAAGAGAGAGCCAGAAGAUAUUGUGAAAUUUCCAAGCUAACCAUGGGAGACAAAGAUUACGCAGCGAGGGCAUAUGCAGCCGCGCCGGAAAAUACAACCAAGGGCAUCAUCCGUGGGAUUCCCGACGAAGAUUCUCCUGAGGAUAUUGAGAGACACCUCGUCAACGAGCACAACCCUUCGUUAUUGCACGCGAAGAGGAUGGGAAGCACGGCACACGCUAUCGUCGUAUUCGAAGGAAGUGUAGUGCCGCGCUACAUAUACUACAACGGAACGGAGCACCGCUGCGUGCUCUACAAGAAACAGUACGAGACGUGCUACGCUUGCGGCCGACUUGGACAUCGAUCCGACGUUUGCCCCAACCCAGAGAGUAGAAGAUGCAGAGGCUGUGGCUGUGAUGAUCCACCGCAAGACCACUGUUGUGAGCCCAGAUGUCGACUUUGCGGCAAGGACCACCCUACCGGAGACAGAAAAUGCCAAGCCAAGUACAGAACUCCUUACAUAGUGAAGAAACGCCAGUGGGAAAGAAGGCAACGUGAGGAGGACGCAGACAAGAGCUAUAGGGUGUACGGCGAAAGUGGACACGCCUGUUCGGCGCUGCGUGGGGAGAGACGAGGCCGAUCCGCCUCGCGUUCUCGCUCCCGCUCCCGGUCCCGGUCUCACUCCCGCUCUCGGUCGAGGAACGCCGAGCGCCAACGAGCCAAGGACAGACCUAAGUCCCAGGGCACGUCUCCCGCCAGUACCGACACUACAGCGACGCGAGCUGCCGGACCCGGUGGUAACGACAGUCUACCCAAAGCCUCCAAGGUGAGCUGGGCGGCAGCCGCCUCCGGCGAGCGUGCGCGGUCUGGCACUGCCUUUUCUAACAGUGAAGGUCAACACGACAUGAUCAUGCAAAUUCAAAAACGACUCGAGCAAUUGGAGAGAGAUAACAUUAGAUACAAAAACGUAAUUGAGGAACUCAGGGAGGAAAAUGCUAGUCUAAAAAAUGAGGUAGCUAAAAAGGGCGGAACGAUCCGAUUGCAGGACAAUCCAGGGGAGGUACUAUCUAAGGAUGAAACGGUGCCGACCCCCUCGAAACGCAGGGCAGUUGAAGUGGACCCGGCGCAAGCCGAAAUUCAAACACAUAAAACAGAGGAAAGGGAUAGGAAACGGCACGAUGUCGAAGACGACAUAAGCAUAGUCAGGAAAGAAAUAGAGGAUGAAAAGAUCACGCGUAAAGCAGAAAUGGAACGAAUGCUUAGCCAGCUUACAGGCGCGAUGCAGCAGAUAACAACUACAAUGCAGCAAAUACAGCAACAACUCGCCACCCUGCAGAUGAGGGUUGAAAACAACGAGCGAAGGUUACCAGCUAGCAGCUGCGGGCCCCUCAAACAGACUGGGAAACCGUACCACAGACCAGUGGACACAGAGACUAGGGAGAACACUGGCAAAUAUUAA